AUUUUAUAAAAGAGUUUGCAUUGCUACGGAUGAAUGAUGUCAAUUGAAUUGUAAAAUCAUUUUCGUGCUUUGUACUCGAUGGUAACGUUUCUCGUUACAGGAUGGGCGAGGCGACAGAUAUAGGAAUAUGAGACAUAAAGAAAAAAAAACCGAUACGAACCAUCGACUACAUUCAAAUACGCAGACUGCUUUGGUAGGCUUAUUCUGAGGAAAAAUGAAGACGGUUGGUGACACUCUGUUUUAUACAACAUUUAUUUUAAGUAUUAUUUCGCUAUGUUUGCCGAAAUGUGAAUGCAAUUUUGUGAUUCACCCUUCAAAUUCAACUGCCAUAGCUACUACAACGGCCAGCCUCGAGUGCAACAGCGAUACCGGCGAUGAGAUACUGUGGUUCAAAAAAGGAAUAGGCAGUGCAGAAGAUAUUGAGAUCAACGAUGGAUACAAGAGCAGGUACGAAAUUCAGGACGACAGCUCCAAGUCCUCGUUAUCCAUUACCUCAUCAACAGAAGAAGAUAGUGGAGAAUUCUACUGUGGGUCAACAAAAAGCGACAAUCCUCAAAAUACAGCAGCACUUCAUGUCAUUGUCGUGACAUCGACGUGGUUCCCAAGUUGCCGACAGUACCCAGAAAGGGUCGCAUCAGGCGCCAAUGUCAAAAUUGCUUGCACAUCGUCUGCCAAUGAUCUAGGUACUACACUGCCCGAACUUAAAUGGACUUUAGAUAAUGAACUUAUCUCCAAUAGCUCACCAUUUCAAAAUAAAACACACUCUAUUAACAGUUAUACAAGUAUAGUGAAUAAGGACGAUCACGGCAAAAGAUUUGUAUGCCAUGCAUCUUUAUCUUCAGGCUACCUGCACAACCCCCCAAUGUGUGAUUUGACGCUGAAUGUUGACCAGAACACAGAGGUUCUCAAUGACUGGAGACACGGUAACAAUAAUAUCGUGCCGUACAUUAUCGUUGCUGUUCUCAGCCUUAUUGCCAUCAUCCUCUUUGUAAUCGUAAUCGUUUUUAUGUUCAGAUUUCGAGAAUGUAAAUAUUGUAAAGAGAAUGUACCUCAGCCCCAGCAGGUUUUGGAUAUGUCAGCCAUCGAAGAUGGCGUAGGUGUUCCUAUGACUCUUUUGACUGAUCAGUCUUCGGACGAUGAACCUGUUGGUUCGUCAAAAUCAAAAAAGAGAAAGACAAAACCGAAGGAGCCAGCACAAACCAAACCAAGUGUAGAUAACGUGAAACAUACAGCACAGGGUCGAAAAUUUGAAGAAGCGAAAAUGAACUUUGAUUACAAUUUCCAAAAACCUGACAGAAAGGAAACUGUAAACAAAACAAAAAAUAUAAAUUUAAAAAUGAAACAUUCAAAAGAAAGAAAUACUCCUGUAGAACGUGCUGCUGUAAAACAGUCUAAAAUAACUAAGAAUCAAACUGAAAAUACAACAGAAUCGGCCAGGAAACAACCGACCACUGCCCAUGGUAGGCCUCGAUCAAUGCGGAAUACAAAAUCUAAAGAGUCGAUAGAUAAGGUUAACAAUCUUGGUAAUCUUUCUGAACCAACUAGGCCUAUAUCGAAACAAUCACUGUCAAAACGUACAACAGACAGCCAAGCAACAAGUGAUACUGUGGUGUACGCUGAUCUUAAUUUUGCAAGGAGUCUCGGCUUGAAUAUUACUAAAGAUGAACAUUUAUAGCAUAUAACCUGCAGAAAAUUGUCAACCUACUACAAAUACUUCCUGGUGUUACGUGGUAUUU